GACGAGCACCGAGUGAUCGAUACCUCGGCAAGCCUGACUACUCAGGAGGAGAGGGCCGGAGUGGCCCGACCAAACGGAACAAGUCGCCGCCAGGCUCCGGGCGACUCGACACAGCCCAGACACGAGAUAGGCUGGCAGAGGGCCCCAUGGCUGAAGACAACCAAGAGCCCCUGGCAGGAGCCGGUGCCCUCCAGGAGGCCCUCCGGGCGCUCCUGCCCCCCACGAAGGAGGAGCUGGUGCUGGAGCUCGGGGAGAAGGUGGAGCCCAGCGUGGUGUGGCUGCUGCAGGAGGCCGCCGAGCUGUUCUGCGGGGGCCGCCGGAGUGAGUGUCUACAGGCCAGCGAGGCCAUCCUGGACUACUCCUGGGAGAGACUCAACACGGGCCCGUGGCGGGACGUCCACAAGGACUGGCGCCGCGUCUAUGCCUUCGGCUGCCUCCUGAAGGCCGUAUGUCUGUGCGAGGAGCCUGGGGACGCCCCCGCGGUGGCUGCGGCCCUGAAGGUCUGUGACAUGGGCCUGCUGAUGGGGGCGGCCAUCCAUGGGGACAUCCUCAUUAAAGUCGCAGCCGUCCUCCAAGCGCACCUUCCCUCAGGAAAGAGGCCUGGCCCAGGCCUGGCCCAGGAGCAGCCCAGCACGAAGAAAGCAAGGAACGACCCUGUUCCAGUUCCAGAUGUGGCGUCGGAGAGACCGGUCCCCCGGCUUCGCUGUCCGUCGCUCCAGCAUUUCAGGAAGCAGUUUCUGGCUCCCGGGAGGCCUGUGAUCCUGGAAGGCGUGGCGGACGAGUGGCCGUGCAUGACCAAGUGGAGUUUGGAGUACAUCCAAGAAAUUGCUGGCUGCCGAACUGUCCCAGUGGAGGUCGGUUCCAGGUACACGGACGAGGAAUGGUCGCAGACGCUCAUGACGGUCAAUGAGUUCAUCAGCAAAUACGUCAGGAAUGAGUCGUCGAGGGACAUCGGGUACCUCGCGCAGCACCAGCUCUUUGACCAGAUCCCGGAGCUGAAGCGGGACAUCAGCAUCCCCGACUACUGCUGCCUGGGCGACGGGGAGGAGGAAGAGAUCACCAUUAAUGCCUGGUUUGGUCCCCAGGGAACUGUGUCCCCCCUUCAUCAGGACCCGCAGCAGAACUUCCUGGUCCAGGUGAUCGGCAGGAAGUACAUCCGGCUGUAUUCCCCGCAGGAGUCAGAGGCCUUGUAUCCGCACGAGACGCACCUUCUCCAUAACACAAGCCAGGUUGACGUGGAGAAUCCCGACCUGGAGAAGUUCCCCAAGUUUGCCGAGGCCCCGUUCCUGUCCUGCGUCCUGUCUCCUGGAGAGAUCCUGUUUAUCCCGGUUCAGUACUGGCACUACGUGCGGGCUCUGGACUUGAGCUUCUCGGUCAGCUUCUGGUGGUCGUAGCGAGGUCCCGGGUGCGAGGGUCUGAGACGCGUUCCCUGCUCCAUGCCCGGCAUCUAGAGUGAGCCAGACCUGGCCUGUGCUGGAGCCUUCGCUGGGGACCAGGCUGGGCGCUGCACGGACACGGGGCGAGGGCGCAGCGAGGUGCACACUCCAGGCCAGGUGCACGCAGCAGGGGCGGGCCCCCGGGAGGACACUGCUUUGAGCUCGGCUGCCUGGAUUCCGGCCCUUGGCUUACUUGCCGUGGAAGAGUUGGGACGGUUACAUCACCGUGUGUGUGUCUCCAUGUGGAAAACGGCAGCUCGAGCACCCACCACGGAGAGUCCGAGAGGCGGUGCGCGGACAGAGUCCAGCAGGUCCAUGAACGUUAGCUGCCGUCUCAUCUUAAUAAAUCCCUAUGAUUGCCA